UGCGCACGGUUUUGAUAUGUAGCAUCAGUUCAGCUCCUUCGUCCUUGAAAAGCUGUGCUGUUUGGGGCUGCUACUGGAUUAUUCGCUGAAGAAGGUUUUGCUAAGCGUGUAAAGCCUGAAGGUUGCUUGGUACUGAGAUAUGAACUUUGACCUGAAGUCUGAGGAGGAUGUCAAGCAGUAUAUUGACAAUUUAGGAAUUGAAUACCGUUUUGGAUGCUACAAUGAAAAGAAACCAGAAAGCUGUCACUUGCUGGCGGACUAUUUUGAAGGCAUCAAGAAGGACUUCGAACGAGCCGCCAAGGUGUACAAAAGCACGUGCGACGACUAUGGGCUGACAAAGAGCUGCCACAAAUACGCGGGCUAUGUGUUUCUGGGUAAGGGGUGUCGUCAGGACUCCGAGGAGGCUCUGCGAUACUACACGCGCGGAUGCGACGGCGGCGAGAUGCAGUCCUGUCUGAACGCCGGACUCAUGCACCUCUCCGGCGCCACCUCCAACGGCCAGCAGAAGAACCUGCCGCAGGCGAUGCAGAUGAUCGAGAAGAGCUGCUCGGGUGACAACCCCACCGGCUGCUACUACCUCUCCGGCCUAUACAUCACAGGCGUCAAAGGCCACCACGAGAAGGACAUGCAGGUGGCCUUCAAGCACGCGCUGAAGGCUUGCGAACUGGGCAACAUGUAUGCGUGCUCUAAUGUUAGCCAGAUGUACCGCAAGGGCGACGGUAUCGACAAGGAUGAAAAACUGGCGGCGGACUUCAGACAUCGCGCCGCAGAAAUGCAGGAGCAGGUGAAGAAAAACAUGAACAUCGGCUUCCAGCAAGGCGCCUCGCCCUCCUGAUGAAACUGAAUAGGUCACUCGAUUGGCGCACAUUGUGCCGGAGAAAUAGUGUCACUGAUAGAUGUCACCAUCUGGGGAUAACCUCCCAUGGGUCAUAGGCUGUUCGAUUGCGUGUAGUGGAUGGAAUGUCGGGUUGUGUUGCUGCUGAUGUCCCCGCCCACAGCUCGCUGCUAUUGACCUUUUCGUGUCGUCGUUUAACGGUGUCGGCAUGAAGUCAGAAAUCCUAAAAUGAUCUAGCAUUUGUAGCGCAAUUCUCAGGGAAAUUUGUUUUUGCCUUCGGGUGGUUGUUUUUAAAGUUAGGCUCAGUUCUCGACUACCAUCGUCAGUCACCCUGGGAUCCAACUUAACAAACCGUUGCAGCAAAUUAUGUAUCACGUGGAUAGCUUGUAGAAGUUUAUCUAAAGGUAACGUACGACCAUUCAGUUGUGCCACCGGUUUUCUACGUAUAUUUUUGCAAACCGAUGAUAUUUCGUCCACUUUUGCUUGAAUGUUUUUCUAUGGGCAGAACAUUUACAUUAUCUUCUUCACUACUGACUUAUCUUGCUCAGGAAUGCUAUUCAAACCUGCAAGAAGACAUGGAGGCAUUUUUUUUUUCUGCUGCGCAAACUGCCUACCAUUUGUGCAAUUCGAAUUUCAUGCGACGUUCAGUUCACAGCUGGAUAUUGAUGAGUUUGCUGGGAGGAUGGCAACACAGCACUGCGUCUAAUGAAUUAUUCGUGAAGCGCGCUUGUGUGAUUUGCAUCAAACAUGCCCUCACAUCAGCGUAGAAAGACGUGUGCGAUAGUAAAAGGUGAAUGCUGCGAUGUGGUGGGCCAAGUGGCGGCAGUCAGUUUUACGUCAUUGUUAUUUGCAGAAAAAAUACAACUGCUGUUUCAG